ACCUUUCGAAAUCCCACAUAGGAAAUAUUUCUCUCCGUCUCUCCCGCCAGUUGGGUGUAUUGUCUCCGAUCGUCACUCCUUCACAUAAACCCGUGAAAACCCUAAAUUUGUAUACUGUGAAAUCAUGUCUCACACCUUCGAAAUCGGAGAUGAUGCCGAGAUCGCCCGUUCAGACACCAUUGAUAUCGUCAAAAUCACAUGGAUGUCCAAGUCGAGGCUGUGGGUUCACAAUCUAACCCAAUCAAAGAAUCACCAGGAAGUGCCAGCGAAGACGCUGAGGCCCGUGCCGCCAGACGAUGGAGAUUGCCUUUUCGAUGUGGGUGCAGAGGUGGACGUGAAGAUUGAAGAAGGCUGGUUCAGGGGAGUGAUCACUAGGGUCUUGGAGAAGAAAAGCUACAUGGUCCGCUUGAAUUCUUGUGAUCAGCAGUCUGGGUUUUCCCGCAGCGACAUCAGACUCCACCGUGACUGGAUUGACGGAACCUGGGUUAUCCCUCGCACAAAAGAGUACCCAUGCAAAGGGAUGGUAAAUUUCACCAAAGGGAUGCCUGUUGAGGUUAGCAUUGAUGAGGUUGGAUUUGAAGGUUCUUGGUAUGCAGCAACUAUCCUUAAGGAAGUGGGGGAUCGCAAGUUCCUUAUCAAAUAUCAAACUCUGAGAAAUGAUGAUGACACAGAUUAUUUGACAGACGAGUUAGACGUGUGUCAAAUUAGGCCGGUUCCACCAGAAGUUUUUCUACUUGAUGGUUAUAGUCCCUGCGAAGUAGUUGAUGCCUAUGUCAAUGAAGGAUGGUGGGAGGGUCAGGUUUUGAAGGUUCUUUCUGACGCAAAGUAUAAAGUAUCAUUUACCUUAGACGAAGAGUUGGUAAUUAAGCACUCUCAUUUAAGGCCGCACCAGGAUUGGAUUGAUGGAAAAUGGGUUACGGCUCCCAGCUUAAAGAAUGCUGACAGCAGCAAAAAUAAAUUGAAGAGGAAGCGGAGAACUACGGGGCCAUUUGUGAAUGAGCAUGAUGAAGAAAUCCAUUGUAAAAGUGGAACAUCGCGGGAUAGCUGAUCGGUCAAGGAGGCUUUAAGGUACUUACACUACUGUUGGAAGAUGGACAUUUUGCUCGAGUGUCUACCCUGUUUAUAACGUGUGGAUGGAUCAUCUUGCUUUUGUCAUAAUAUGCUAACUAACUGGAGUGCAUUGGAAGGCUGUUGGUGGGAAGUAGGGUAGCAAGUUAGGCAAGUGAAUACAAAGUUAAACUACAUUAAUGUACAAAUCAUCUGCGGCCUUUGCUCCCACCAAACUGGGUCACUUUGUCAAAUCGUUUUUCUUCCAUUUUUUUUUAUUGAUUAAAAGGCUGUAGAUUAUGUGUAUAAAAAAAACCAUUAUUAGUCAAUACGCUCGGUAAUAAACGGAGCCUUUUAUAA